GCCGAUGCGGGGAAGUGAGUCCAGAGCCGGCGAGAGGACGCUGGAGGGCGCGCUAGAGCGGCGCGGCCCGGCCUGGUGUGGGCGAGCCGGCCAUGGAGGACGAGCAGAGCUUCUCAGAUAUUUGUGGCGGCCGCCUGGCCCUGCAGCGCCGCUUCUACUCCCCUUCCUGCCUGGAGUUCUGCCUCAGCUGCCCUCGGAUCACCUUGCGUUCGCUCACCGCUGUCACCUGCAGCGUGUGGCUAGCGGCCUACGGACUCUUCACACUCUGCGAGAACAGCAUGAUCCUCUCUGCUGCCAUCUUCAUCACUCUCUUAGGCCUGCUUGGUUACCUCCAUUUUGUGAAGAUUGAUCACGAGACCCUGUUAAUCAUUGAUUCCCUUGGCAUCCAGAUGACCUCAUCCUACGCCUCAGGCAAAGAAAGCACCACCUUCAUUGAGAUGGGCCAGGUGAACGAUGUUGUCAUUAAUGAGGCUAUUUACAUGCAGAAGGUGAUUUACUACCUCUGCAUUUUAUUGAAGGAUCCAAUGGAACCACAUGGGAUAUCCCAAGUAGUACCUCUCUUCCAGAGUGCCAAGCCCCGGCUGGACUGCUUGAUUGAAGUGUACAGAAGCUGCCAGGACAUCCUGGCACACCAGAAAGCCACAUCAACGAGCCCGUGAGUCCCAGCGUUUAGAAGGCCAGUAUUGUCUUCCAGAGGAGAUGACUCCUAAGCCACAGUGGCCGGUUUAUUUUCUGUAUUUUAAACCAUCAAGUGGGCACAGUCCUAGGAACCAGUAUGGAUGCGGUGGAUCUCAGAGCCGUAGAGCAGGUGCCUGGAAGCCUAACUUACUGUGUGGUGUUGAGCAAAGUACUUAUGUGUAUUUUAGUGUUCCCCCUGUAAGAUUUCGUUUACCACCUGAGGGGAGACCUGGAAACAGUAUGUCAGGAGUAAUGUUGACGAAGAGCACUUUGUGAUAUUCCUAAGCACGUUCAAGUUUACUUUUUGUUGAAAUUUGUAGAGCAAGACAAUGGGAAACUGACAUCAGAUCUCUUGAGAAAGAUAAUUUUCAACUGCACAGUACCCCUGUAUAAAAGCUAAGAGAAAAAGCAAGCCCUUCAGGGGCUGGUCAGUAGGAAGAAAUGUCCUACAAAAGACUAGUCUCUGUCCACCUAGCUCCUGUGUUCUGUACAGGGUUAAUUUAUGGUGAUUCUCUUAAUAAACAGAUCUCCUUCCAAAACAUACACAAUUGCUUGGUUCAGACAGCUGCUUUUUAUUGACAAACACGAUCAUGGCAUUUCAGUCACGGGUGUCUAGCACAUUAAUACUCUUGUUACUCAGCAUUGUCUAUGGUUUCAAAAACUUCUUUUGCCAAGAGGGGUGAGAUAAAAGGCCAGACAGAAAUUUGACUUUGGUUUCCAGACAUGUUAAAGAAGGAUAAACAUACAUACUGUAGAAGCCUUUGUUUAUAAGGCAGUUUCUUUUAUAUAAAAUUAAUAAACUAAGGGAGGAUUCCUGAAAGGUUGGGAAGAAGACAGGGCGGGGGAAAUAGCUUGACCCCCAAAUUCAAUAUGAACACAGCUCCAUUCUUGCUUACUUUUUCUUUGGGAUUUUUUUUUUUUUUUAACUCCUGGCCAGAUGAUAAUUCCUUAUUUGCCUUA